AUGGAGUCAGGGCCUCGAGCGCACUUUCCGGGUGUCGGUGGCGGAGAGGCCGGAGCGUCGGGUCGGAGGCUGAGAGGCUGCAGCGGCCAGGAGCGACCCCGCCCCCUCCCCGCUCGCUCUGGGCUAUGUCUGGCUUUUGUGGAAAGCAGAUUCAACAUAUCGAAGGGAAAUGAAAACGCAGACGGCAGCUUCCAGAUCAACAGCCAUUACUGGUGCAAUGAUGACAGGAGUCACUCAGAAAACAUUUGCCACGAGGACUGUCAAGAUGUACUGAGCCUCAAUCUUCUCUCAGCCAUCAGCUGUGCAAAAAAAGAUUGUCUCUGGAGCAGGGGGUAUGAAGAACUGGGUAGCAUGGAGGUUGCACUGUGCAGGCCGGCCACUCUCCUACUGGAUGACAGGAUGUUUCUCGGGAUGAGACAGGACACAGGGCUGCCGUAGAGUCAUUCCAGAGCUCCUCUUCUCACUCAGGAAUUCAUUUCUCCUUCCUCUUGCCUCUGCUUCAGGUUAUUUUCUUUCCUUCCCAUUUACCAAUAAACCUGACCAUAGCCCCCAGGAAUAAAUGGUUUUCUCGGGCUUCCUCCUUGUACCUGUCUGGGCCCAGGCCUCUGGUUCUGACUCUCAUUUGCAAACCAAGAGGACCACAAUGAAGAAGUUGUUAUAUUUGGAUAAUUAUUAAAGCAUUCCUUGUGCAAAGAA